AAAAUCUUACUUUAUUUAUAUACUUGAAUAUGGAGCCCACGAAUUGUAUCAAAGAAGUUUUAAGAGCUGCAAAUCAGUAUACUCAUAAUAAUGGACAGCUAGCAUAUCUGCUUCGACAAUUAGAGGCUCUUCAGACAAUAUCAUCAAGAUCAAGUUAUAUUCGUCAACUUCAUUCUAUAGAUCUUGUGGAAUUGGCUGACUGUUUGACAUUCCUUGUAGAUGUAAUAAGGGAAGAGCAUGGACAGAUAGAAUUGAUGCAGCGGGUCAUACAAAUUUUGCUUAACUUUUCUCAUGAUGAUUAUGUCAGGAAACUGUUGUUUGAAACAUAUAGUCUCCACACACACUUAGCAGCAGUCAUUGUUGCCUACAGUGGUUUGACAGAAGAGGAAAACACUUUAGCAGAGGCUCUUCAACUACUUCAAAGAAUAACAUAUGGUUAUCGUAUUGACUACUAUCAACCUAACAUGGAUGAUCUUUUAAAGUUCAUUAUAAACAACAUCCUCAACAAUACAGAAGCAUUUAUUUCUUCGUCAUUGGGGACACUAGCAAAUUUGUGUAGAAAUAAUUUCCUAGUGCAGUCAACCAUCAGAAAUAUGUAUCAGUCUGAUUUUAAGAAAAUAUUAAGAGCUCUGUGCAACUUUUUUGAUAAUCAAGACCAAAGCUUGGUUAUUUUCUCACUUCGUAUCUUCACAAGCUUAUGUUUGAAUGAAAGUGAGGGUCAAAAGCUUUUCUUUGAGAGCAAUAAUGUGGAACAGACUAUGCAAGCAAUAUUUGGCGUUCUGAAAAAUAGCUUUAAGACAAUAGCAUGGAAAUAUGCUGCAGACCUACUUACAGAUUUAAUUCGACACCCACAAAUGCAGAUCUGUAUAAACAAAUAUCGCCAUUUGUCAAGGUGUAUGAAAGAUAUCCUCUUGUUAUUACCUGCUGGCUCAGAUGAAACUGCUGCUGAGAUGUUUGAACUUCUUCUCAGUCUCUGCACUGUGCCAUCUAUUCGGCAAUGUAUAAACUCAAGCCUUUUUACACCACUGGCCCAAGGAAAAGUUUCAGCAACAGAAAUGUCAGAAGUCCAACAAACUGCCUUAAAACCUGACACUAACAUAUUAUUGUGCUGUAUACAUUGGGCAGCACAAGAACCAAAUCUAAGAAGCAGAGCACCAUGUUUAGCUUUGGAUUUUCUUUUUGAAACUUGCCAAGAUAGUAUUUGUAGUACAGAAAGCUAUCCAGUUCAUUUGUUGACUCCAGUGUUUACAGAUUUUCUAACCCGACCAGACCAGACAAACUCUCCAGAAAAAACUGUUCGUAUCAUCAAGAUUUUAAAUGUGUUGUGUUCAAAGAAACAGAGCAAAGAUACAAUAAGCACAUUAUUAACACUAGAUAGUAUGGCCAACCUCCUUGAGAAACAGCUGUCCGCUGCAUCCUCAUACUUACCAGAAAGUGUAGAAAGAGAAGAGAGUACUCAGUGUGGACUAUUAACUUUGGAUCUUGCAUGGAAAUUACGGAAAUGUAUUCAAGGACUUUCAGAAUGUUUGAAGGAAGUACUGAAGUCUCCAAGAAUGAUGGGCUUAAUUGCUGUUGGUCUUAUGUCUACAUGUCAAGAUCAUGUAGAAAUUGCAUUACGGCUUAUGUGUUUUGUCAUGGGAUUUGAAGAUGCCACACCUGACAUAAGCCUAUGUGGUACAGUUGCAUGCUUAAAUAAACAAAAAGAGUCACUAAAACGUAGCAGAAAAAAUAGUGAAACAAUAGGAAAACAGGCAAUAAUUUCCAGCAGUGUACUUGAAAGCAAGGAAAACAGAGUCCAACCACUUACUAGCACAUCUUAUGCCCAGGUGGAAAAUAAAAGCAAAGGAAAUUCUAAGAACGAAACAAGUUAUGAUAAGAAUGAUUUAUCAUUAGAGAGUUUAAUUGAAAUGGAAAGCAUUACGGAGUCAAAAGAACCUAAAGUAGUAGAAAUAGUUGAAGUUUUUGAGCAUCAUAUAAAAUCUCUGCAGAUAAAAGAGGAGCACCUAAAUAAUCUGCUGGAGGCCAGUUUAGCUCUUACACAAGCUGAUCGAGUAAUUGCACAGCUUAGAGCUACCAAGGUUUCCCAUUCUGCUGAGAUGAAAAAGCUACAAAAUAUUUUGAAAGAAUCAGAAAGGAAGACGGAACACAUCAUGUCACAGAUGAAUGAAGCAAAGAUAAAUGCAGAUAAAAUACAGGAACAAUAUGAAAAACAAUUAUCUAGUUUUAAGGAAGAAAUGGAUGCCUUGAAUAAAGAAAAAGAUGAAGCAAGUGAAAAAUGUCUGGAAUUGGAAGAGACUAUAAUGGCUUGUAAAAGAGAGAAUAAGACAUUAUUAAAUAUGAAGGAAGCUCUGCAAGAAGCUCAUGAAGUAUUGAAAGACCAGUAUGACAUGUUAUCUAACCAGUGCUAACAACUAGAAGAAGAGAGAAAAUCUUUGUCUAAACAACUCAAAGAAAAAGAUGCUUCGUUACAAAAAAUAAAUUCAACAUUGCAAGUACUGCAGAGCAAGUAUGAUGAUACUGAAAAAGAACGUUCUGAGCUUGAAAAAGAAAAAGAAGAUAUAGAAGCUUAUGUAGAUAAGUUGAGAAACCAACUCAGCACAAGUGAAAACUCUUGCCGCCAGCUACAACAGAGGGCAACAACCUUGGAGGGAAUCAACCAAGAACAAGUUGAGAAGAUAAAACAAAAAACUGAUAAAAUAUCUGAACUGGAAGCUGAACUAGAAAAGCAUAAUCAAAUUCUAACUUUUAUUAACAAUAUGCAACUCAAAUCAACAGGAAAUAAAAAAUAAACUAAAAUUGUUUAUACAUUAAUACUUGCAAAAAUAAAACAUUGUUCUUUGAAGCUAUACACUGUAUAAUCUGUAUAUGUAAUUAGCAUUUUGUUUUUAAAACUGCUGUUCAGUAUUUUGUGUAGGUGACCAUGCAUCAGAGCUUACAUUAACUGACAUACUGGAAGUAAAAAAAAAAUAGUGUAAAAUGGUGUCUUUUAAAACUGUUCAUUGUAUAUUUUUAAUUGACAAUUAAA